CUGAUUCUGAUUCUAAAGCUGAUUCUGAUUAAGUUUUUCUUUCUGUUUUGUAGGUUAAAGAUGAAGUAGAAGUUCAUGGCUGCAAGGCUGCUCUGAGAAAGUACGAUCAUUACUCUGUGAAGGAAUAUUUGAAAGAAGAAGGAGGUCUGAGCCGUGAGGCCAUGAGGAUGAUUGGAGAGCUUCUUAAUGAGCAGAGCCUCAUGUACACCGCGCUCACAGAGAUGAUCUAUGACCAAACAGACAUCAGUGACAACGUCAUGUACUACGAGGUAAUUGGUGGGUCGGACCUCCUCCCCAAUGGUCUUCUCUCGCUGCUUCAUGUCCCUAUUCUCCUGAACUCCAAGGUUCAGCGCAUCAGCCGCUCACGUGAAGGCGUCACCGUCUCCUACCAGACGGACCGAGAUUCCUCUCUCAGCCAUAUUAAUGCCGACGUCGUCCUGGUGACAACUACAACAAGAGCAGCUCUUUACAUGGACUUCGACCCACCGCUCUCCAUCCAAAAGAUGGAAGCCUUGAGGUCAGUCCAUUAUGACAGCUCCACCAAAAUCCUUCUGACCUUCAGUGAAAGGUUUUGGGAGAAAGAUGGGAUCAAAGGGGGAAAGAGCAUCACCGAUCGCCCUUCACGUUUCAUCUACUACCCAAGCCAUGGUUUCCCAGGAAAUGACUCCAUUGGGGUCCUCUUGGCCUCCUACACCUGGUCUGAUGACUCCCUCCUCUUUCUCGGUGCCAGUGAUGAAGAGCUGAAAGAGCUGGCUCUCAGAGACUUAGCCCUGUUGCAUGGUGAGGGCGUCAGGACUCUCUGCACCGGUGUUUUAGUUAAGAAAUGGAGUCAGGAUCCAUACAGCCACGGCGCCUUUGCUCUUUUAACCCCUUAUCAACACUUGGAGUACGCUGCUGAGCUCUUUAGCAGUGAAGACAGGAUUCAUUUUGCUGGAGAACACACAGGCUUCUCUCACGCUUGGAUCGAGACUGCGAUGAAGUCUGCAAUCAGAGCAGCUGCCAAUAUUAACAAGGAGGCCUUAAUGUUCUCAGAUAAAUGCAGAGAUGAGCUCUGAUAUGAGUUUAAAAAUGUGGUUUUAUUAAAUAAUGAUAAAUGGGAUUUUUUUUUCUAAAUUCUAUAAAACAAAAAUCAUGUAAUAUUUUUUAUUAAGUUUUUAUUUUUUAUUAUGUAUUUCUUUACAAUAAACAAUGGGAUGUUUUCAAGACUUUGCAGUAGCAGUAAUCUUCACUUUUAGUUCUGUUUGAAUAAAGUGUCUCAACUAAAAAAACGUCAAAUUGCACAAAUAAAACAAGCAUUUCCUUCUA